AUGGCCGAUAACGUAAACAUUGCCGCCCUUCCAAACACGUUUGCUGAGAGUUUUAAGGUGGAACCCUUACCUUUGCUUAUUUCCAAAUAUUGCUCUCGCUGUGGUGUCACACCACUUCGAGGAAAGAAUACGAAAGUUUUUAAUACAUGCAAUGCUUGCUUAAAAGAUGAAAAUACAAUGCGUUAUAAAGAAACAAAGAGAAGAAGAUUGGUAGAGACCUUCAAACAAGUCCAGAAUAAAUUCCAGAAAUUAAGAGACGAAAAAAACCUGGCGCUUCGAAAUCUAAAGGCCGCGCAAAGCCAAAAUGCAAAGCUGGAAAGCCAGUUUAAACGAAUGGAGAAACGAAUAGCAGAACUAGAAACAAAAGAAUGGUGGGAUAAAUAUAUAUAUGAUUUUGACUACUAUUAA